AUGAAGAAUCAGACACUUUUGAGGGAGUUCUUGCUCCUGAGACUGACGGACAGCACGGUGCUGCUGGGGCUGCAGGCUGCGCUGUUCUCCCUUGUCUACCUGGUGUCCACGCUGGAGAGUCUGACCAUAGUCCUCCACACAGUUCUUGACCGCCACCUCCACACCCCCAUGUACUUCUUCCUCAGGCAUUUCUCCUUCUUGGACCUCUGCCUUAUUUCCACCAUAGCCCCCAAAUCCAUUCUCAACUCCAUCACCCUCAGCGACACCAUCUCUUUCUUGGGAUGUGUGUGUCAGCUCUUCUUGAUGGUCCUCUUGACGGGGUCAGAGAUGGGACUCCUCACUGCCAUGUCCUACGAUCGCUAUGUCGCCAUCUGUCACCCUCUGCACUAUGAGGCUGCCAUGAGCAAAGGGUGCUGUGUUCAGCUGAUGGCUGUGUCCUGGCUCAGUGGAGGGGCCCUGGGAAUCUUGUACACAGCUGGGAUGUUCUCCCUGGAUUUCUGUGGUCCCAACAGGAUUCACCAGUUUUUCUGUGAUGUCCCUGCCCUUCUUGAGCUCACUUGUUCUGAGGAGCAUGCUGCUGUCAGUGUCAGUGUGGGCUUCAGUGUGCUCUAUGGGUUCUCAUGUUUGGUCUGCAUCUUGGUCUCCUAUGUGUUUAUUUUCUCUUCUGUGUUGAAGAUCCCAUCCAGGCAGAGCCAGUCCAAAGCCUUCUCCACCUGUGUGCCCCACCUGGUGGUUGUGGGCACCUUUCUCCUGACAGGCACUGCUGCUUAUUUAAAGCCCCCAUCCAAUGCACCUCCUCUUCCAGAUUUGCUUUGCUCUUUGUUCUACACUGUGGCACCACCUGCCUUAAACCCCAUUAUCUACUGUCUGAGGAACAGGGCCGUUCAAUCAUCUCUAAGUAAAGUCCUGAUUAAGGUGAGAAGGGGGCUAAUAGACAGAUACUAA